AAGAAAAUCGGAAUUUAUUAGCUAAGUUGGACGAAAAAUUACAAGAAACGAGUUUCUUAGAUAUACAAAUUCAAGAACUAACUAAUUUAAUCAAAAAAUUAAAAGAAAAAAUAGUUAAUGCUUAUAUUUAUUUUGCUCCUGAAAAAGAAUUGUUGCAAAAGUUAAUUAUAGCUCAUUUAGAAUUUACUAAAGCAAAAAAGCAAGGAGUUGAUAGCAUUAUAAAAUACCGAAAGCAAUUUAAUAAACUUUAUGAAGAAAUAGAAAUAAGGUUGAAUAGUAAACUUAUUCAAGAUGUAGAAAUUAUUCUUAAUGAUUGUGAAGAAGUAGUAACUCAUGAACUAGAAUUAGAAACCAAGUUAAAUUCUAAAUUACUAAUUUUUGAAGAACAAAAACGAUCAUCUCAAAUAACUAAUAACACUUGUAAUAAUGCUUUGACUAUUUUAUCACAAGCAAAAGAUAAUAAGGUUACUGAGCAAUUAAUCAAGAAGCUAGAGAAAGAAUUAGCUAAAGAGAAAAUUAAAAACGAACAAUUAGUUCAAGGUCAAAAUCAAAUUGAAAAGAAAUUAGACUUUACUAAUAAAUUUAUUAGAGUAGCUCUUGAAAAGGAUGAAUAUCAAUAUUAUAAAAAUUGUUGUGAAAAUAAUAGCUAUGAUAUAUAG